AUGUCAACAAGUAUAUCAGAUGCGACAACGCACUCAGUGCGACUACUCACCUACAACAUGUUUAUGCGUCCACCUGGGAUCUAUUCUGGAAACGGUGACUUUAAAUGGGAGCGACUAAGACUGUUUGCAUCAACUGUACUUUCAUCGUACGAUGUUGUCAGUGUCCAAGAAUGCUUUGCAUUUGGCACUACUCGACGCUCAGAGUUUAUUCGGCUAGCCAAAGAACAGGGGUUGGAAUACCAUUGUGCUUGUCCACUACCAUCUUGGACUUCUGGCCAAGUGGAUGGUGGAUUGCUGAUUCUCAGUCGAUUUCCCAUAACUGACACAGACUAUCUCACCUAUCCUCGAGGAGUUCAUUCCGAUUGGCUGGCUGCCAAAGGAGUAUUGUAUGCUCGAAUCGAAGUUGCUCAAGGUCAGUAUCUGAUGUUGUUUUCAACUCACACUCAAGCAAGCUACGAAGCAGAUCCACCACUGGAUUCUCCAUCUUCACUUGUUCGUCUUGAUCAAUUGCAAAGAGCUUCAAAGUUUAUUUCUGCUAAACUUGAUCCAAUCGAACCAACCAAUUCUCAGCAAGCCAAAGGCGUGGUUAUGUUUGCUGGUGAUUUCAACGUAAACGGCCGAUUCAGUAGACUAGAUGGUGUUCAGCAUAGCAAAGAAUAUCAACUUCUAGUGGACACUAUAAGUGGAUCUCAGUCUAUUCAAGAUCAGCAAACACCAAGCGAAAUCUCAAAGAAUACAUCUCAAAAAGAAUUGUUUGAUGUGGUAGAUAUUGCCUACACUUGUUUAAACGAGCACCCGGUAACAACCUGUACCAUAGUUGAUACUGAUAAAGAGCCAGAAAAUAAGUGUCUUGACUACUUGUUUCAUCUUAUUUCCAAAUCUACCACUCCAACUAGCGUUCAAUUCAAGAACGUUUCUGUUGAGCCGUUUCUUGUCGACAAGCAACCAUUCACGCAUAUGUCGGAUCAUUGUGGCAUGGCAGCUAAUUUGGUCUUUACCCAGAUAAAUCCAUUGGAUAUGCCAUCCAAGUAA